UGUGUGAGGAUACCAUAUCACCGACGCUCCACAACUGAUUCAAGGAUUUUUAAAAUUCAUUUAACUGGAUCAAACGAAAUGGAAGAAUUUCCAACCUUAUAUAAGAUUUACAGAGGAGAAGUUGCGUCAAUUCAACCUUAUGGUGCCUUUGUGAAAUUAGAUGGAUUCAAGAAAAAUGGUCUAGUUCACAAGAGUCAGAUUUCACGGACCAAGCGUGUGGAGGAUGUAGCUGAGGUUCUCUCUGUCGGAGAUGCCGUCUGGUCAAAGGUUAUAUCACUUGGGGAAGAUGAGGAGAAAAAGAUCUCACUGUCUAUGAAAGUUGUGAACCAGGAUAAUGGCCAGGAUUUGGAUCCAAACAUGGUCCAAACCAAGCAAGAAGAGCAAAGGAGAAAGAAGGGAGGCUAUGUACCAAAACCAAAGAUAGAGCUGGGAGCUGUCCUCAAUACUACUUGCAAGAAAUGUGGAACUGUAGGCCAUCUUACCCAAGAUUGUUUCUACACUCCUGGUGAGAAGACUUAUGACCUUAUACCAGAUAUCGACAUGGGUAUGCUAAAACACCAUCAAGAUAUGCCCAACUCCAAGGAAAAGGGCCACAAGCACAAGAAAAAGAAAAAGAAAAACAGGAGGGGUUCCUCUCCAAGCGAUACCAAGUACAAAGCUCCAAGGCAUCGUGAAGAAAAGGGGAAGAGAGCGAAAAAGAGGACACGCAAGGAGCUCUCAUCCUCGGACCAUUCUAGUAAUGAAGAGGAGAGCAAUGAAGAAGAGCGUAGGAAUCACAAGAGGAAGAAAGAUAGAAAGAAAGGGGAGAAUACGAGGAAGACAUCAACGGACAGUACCAGCUCUGAUGAGAGUAGUGAGGAAGAACGUAGGAAUCGGAAGAGAAAGAAAGAUAGAAAGAAAAUGAAGAAAAAACAGAGAGACACAUCAAGUGAAAGCACUGAUGGAGAAAGCGGUAAAGAAGAACGGAAUCGGAAAAGGAAGAGAGCUGACAAGAAAAAGAAAAGAGAAACAUAUAAGUCAUCUGACAGUAGUAGCUCUGACAAUGAGAGCAGUGAAGAUCAACGUAGGAAUCAGAAAAGGACGAAAAAAAGAAAGAAAAGCAAAAGGGGUAGAGAUUCAUCGGAGGGUGACAGUGGUGAAAGUGAGCACUACAUGUAUGAGAAAGGCAAGAAACGAUCAAGGAGUAAGGAUGGUAAGAAAGGAUAUAGUGCUAGUAGAAUGAAGGAAUCAUCAACAGAGAGAAGGGAUAGAGAGAAGAGACAAAACCAUGGAAGCAGUGAUAAAGAUAAGAUGCGCCAUCAUCACACGGAGGAAAGGACACAUGCACAUAAAAUUCAUGCAAGCGAGAGAAGGAACGACCGACACGAAAGGCCUUUUGAAAGCCAGAAGGAAAGAACACGUUUGAAUAGUGUUGAUUAUUAUUCUAGGGGAGGAGAGACAGGUGACGAUCGGCGGAAAGAUGGAAGGGAUAAUGAGUCGAGUAGAAACCAGCAUAGACAGAAGAGAAGAAGCAGAGAACGUAGUGAUAAAAGAACGAAUGACAAUUCCGCGUGAGGGAAAAGGAAGGGAACGUGUGAGAAAGACAGGGAAGAUACAGACUACAAACAAUGCAGGAAUGAAAGAGCCAGGCAAGGAAAUGAUAGAAAGAAUGUAAAAAUGGAAGAUCCCAUGAAGGAGGGAUCAAGAGGAUAAGUAAGUGCGUUUGUAGGGAUGUCGGGGUAGAGUAGUUUAUAUGACUCUCUUCUUUCGACCUGAGGGACGUGGGUUCGAUUGCUAACCAUGGCACCUUGCAUUCAGCAAGAAGUUUACCCGCAUUGUGCUGCACUCAACCCAGGUGAGGUGAAUUGGUAUUAAAGGGUGGGAAGUGCUACACUGGGUUAAAUAAGGCAUUAUCAUCAUUAUUAUUACUCAAAUUGUACAAGUCUGCUAUAAAGGAAUAGAUAUAUAUGAUUUUUUUAGGCAUCGUCUUGGGGGUAUAUAACUAUACCAUAUAAAAACAUAUUGGCUGUCCCUUGGAGGGCUUCGCCCAACUUUUUUCCCAAUAAGUUUAUCAUGAGAACAGGUUGCAUUAGUGUUAGGGUGUAUCCAAAAAGAUGUCAAAACCGUAAAUAGUACCUCUCACGCUUUGUGUUGACUGUCCUUGGGGGUGUUUCACAAAGAUUUAAGUAUGACUCAAGAGUUGCACUUAAAUGAGUAAUUGCGUACAGUAUAAAGCGCUUGACCAUGCCAAGAGAAAGCGCACUACUGCCACUUUAAGUCAAACUUAAAUCUUUGCGAAACACCUCCAGCUUUCGUUUCUAUAAACUUGUUAUAAUUAGUAAACAAUAACAGUUUAAAGCUAAGGUUACGAUACUGCAACAAAUUUAGUUUAAAAUGUGAUUUCCCUUUUUUUAUUACAGGAAAUAAUUGUACAUUAAGAAAUAUAAAUAAAUGAUAACGAUCUUACUUAUCCUGCAGUGUUGAUUAUAGUUCACAGUUACAAUAGUCCAGUAUAUAAACCAGACAAGAUCCAAGUUGGUUGGCAAAGAUUCCGUAAAUUAAAGUUCACAAUGAUGACGAUGAUGAAACUGAUGUUGAAGCACAAUGAAUAAUUAGAGUCAUUGUAUCGAGUUGAAAUGUCCGUGAAGAUGAUAUUGUUGAUGAUUAACAGUCAAUUUCAGCAAUCCAUGGGUUGCAAAGCAUUCAUUAAACAGGUUGAUGAUUUCGAGAACUGAGAAUUCCUCAGAGUAACUGCAAACCGUUCAUUGAUGGCAGGUAAAUAAUUCCAAACAAGAUAAAUAUUCCAUGUGGAAAUAAAGUCUGCUCUGACAUAAAGUCUGGCGUGAAACUCUUAGCUCUGAUCUGAUAUAAUAUGAUGAUGUCCUUGCUUACAUACAAAUUAUUCACUAUUAUGGAAGGUUCUAGUAUUCACUAUUCUAGAGGCUUGUAGUAUUGUCUACAAAAAGAAUAUUCUCCUUCUUUCAGGAGCAGUCAAAGUCUAAAACAUUCUUGAAUGACCUCAGUGAAAUGAAUAUGUUAACAACAUAGCUAAUCCUAUUGUUCUUUUCCACUGCCUGAGGAAUCUAUUGUGUAGCAGUCUAUUGUUUGGCAGUCUGUCCAAAAAUAAUAAAAAUCGUUGGCCUUUAAAUAGGCCAGAGGCUUGCAUAACAAAAGGUUUUACAAAGACUUCCUGGAAUGUUCUUUAUCAUUCUAAGCUAUAUAUAUCCUUAAAGAGAAGAUAACUAAAUAAAUGAAAGUAACUGCUCUUACAAUUCUACUUUAUAACAGUAAAAUUAACAUUAAUAGAAUUCAAUUCAAUAAUAUAUCUGUAAAGUGAUUAGAGACUUUGUUCCGAUGUAUUAAGCGCUGUAUAAAACCAGAUUAUUAUUAUUAUAAUCUGAUUGGCUGAUAGCACGCUGGUUUAAAGAAAUUGAGCAUUUAUUAUAACAAGUCCUUAUAAAACAGUACCCAGGCCAGGCCUAACUCGUAGUGGUUGUCUCAAUUGACACCUUGUUGUGACAUGUCAAUUUUAUACAUUAUUUUGUUAUUAAUGUAAAACUGAAAUUAAUAAAAUCUGAAAGCUACUUCC